AUGUUGACAGUUCGGGCAGUCGCCGGCAAAGGCCUCGGCGUCUUCGCCGCGAAGCCAAUCAGCCGGGGCACGCGCAUCCUCGCCGACCGGGCCCUGAUCACCCUCUCGCCAUCGGACCCGACCGGCUCCAUCGUGCAUCAAUACCGCUCGAUCCCGUCGGCCAAGCUGAAGUCGCUCCUCUCGCUCUCCAUCAACACAACCAAGUUCGGCGUCCUGAGCUGGCUGGAGGCGUUGUGGCAAAGCAGGUCCGCGCCGCACUUGCAGCCGGCCACCCACGGCAUCAUCAACAUCUUCCGGAACAACAACUUCGACAUCGGCAACGGCGUCCAGGCCCUCUUCCCGAACGUCGCGCGCAUCAACCACUCGUGCGUGCCCAACGCCCAGGGAAACUUCAACACGAACAUCGACGCCUUCACGAUCCACGCCACGAGGGACAUCGAGCAUGACGAGGAGAUCACCAUCUCAUACCUGCCCGAGAAUCUCACGGUGCGCGAUCCGAGGCUGGCCAUGCUGGCGGAGAAGUACAACUUUUUAUGCGCCUGCCCCGCCUGUUCCGGUGAGAGGGCGGAUGUGAGCGAGGAGAGGCGGAUGGCGCUCCACCGUCAACUCAUGAGUUUCAAUGAAGCUCACUCGAAGCACGACGCGGACUUGAUUGAUGAGGGAGAGUUUCUGGAAAAGUCAUUUGAGACGUCGCUCGCCAUGCUGGAGACUUAUGAAGCUGAGGGGAUUCGAGGCCGGGAGGUCGCGACAAUGAUGAUCAAUGUUGCGACACUUGCUUCCAAACUCGGCAAGUCGCAACAGGCACGGCAACUGGCGCUUAAGGGUCUACAACUUGACGAAGAUGCCGUCGGAAAGGACAGUGAAUUCUAUGAGAACUCGCGAAAGGAGGUGGAGGUUCUUCUUCUCAAGCUUAGGAAAUGA